AUGGAAAAAUCACCGCUACUAGCAAACGGUUACAAUCACCCCCCACACCUCAGUCACAUGCAGUUCAUGCAGCUUCCCCACCCCGCAGCUGCACAUUCUGCCCUUCUUUCCCCCGCCAUGCCGCACAAUCUGGCGAGACACGACGGUUCCGUCAUCAAGAACCAGGGGAUGCCCACGAUGGAGGCCAUCGCAAGAUCUGGCAUAUGGGAAAACUGCAGAGCAGCUUACGAAGACAUUGUGAAACACCUCGAAAGGUUACGAGAAGAAAGAUGUGAUCCCGACAGACCCCUUCCCUUAGAACAGAAACCUAGAGACCUUAGUCCUAGAAACGGUUCGCCAACAGAGCACAGUCCGGUGUUAAAUCUGUCCAAAAGCGGAGGUGGUAGCGCCGGCUCCCUUGGAGACGGCGACCAUUCUGGUAGCGAGGCGGACGGGCCCGACGUACCUCCGUCCCCCAGGUCCCCCCGCUCGGCUGCCGAAGACGAGGACGACGACAAUAUAUCGGAUCCUGAAGAGGAGGACGAAAAGGAUCAGGACAUGGACGAUGGCGACCUGCCCCUGCCCGCUGCCCCGGGAAGCGACUCCCAGCAGGCGGCCCUCAACUACUCGACCCUGGCCAGCGCGGUGGCCUCCGCGAACGGCCCCAGCCAGGACCCGAGCAUCUCCUCCACGGAGACGCUUCUGAGGAACAUCCAGGGGCUGCUCAAGGUCGCCGCCGACAACGCCAGGCAGCAGGAGCGGCAGAUCAACUACGAAAAAGGUACAAAUAGCAACAUGGUGUACUUGCUGUCGCUAGCCCAAUAUUACAUGUACCUAGCCGCCACGCAGAAGUGUUAGGAUCUUUGGUCACGUGAUCCAACUUUGUAAAUAUCCCGCCGAGAGCAGCGCGGGAAGGUCGACCGGUGCCACCGUUGUAUAAAUACCGUUUCCAAAACGCCUUGAGUGUAAAUUCUUUAGCCUAGCUUAGUGUGGGCGGCGCGGGUCGAUCUUCCCUGCGUGUGCGGUGGAAGGGCCGGUUUCUUAGUGCGAGCCCUUGAUCUCUAAGCUCCUGUAUAAAGUUGGUGCGUUCAGUAUGUUCAAUUGGCACAUAGAUAGCGACUUUUGUAUAAUUCUUUGUGGUAAGACACACGCGUUGUAUUUGUAUAAAGUAUUAUAGCACCCGAUAAAGUGCACAUAUCGAUAUCUAGCUGUAAUUCAUAAGUUAGCUUUUCUAGAUGUAAAUAUAUCGUUUAACCGUCUAGGUGAAUAUUUAAAUUAAUUGUUAGGCAGGCGACAGUAUCAAAUAUCGUCUACGACUUAUUUGUUCUUAGUUAUUUCCUAGUUUUACGUCACUGUUAAACAAAAAUUAUUUAGAUAGAUAGCACAAAGGGGAAGAAUCGUUCACUUAUGUCUUUUCCGCCCAGGAACAACCUAGGAACAAAUCCUGUAUUGUUCGCGGAACAACCAGGUUUGUUCCGAGGUGGUUCUCGGACGCAACAAUUGAUUUUGUUUGGUGUGACGUAUAAGCUGGAGAGAAUGAAAGAAGUAGAAAGUUUUUCUGAAGGGGCACACCUCAAGGAACUGAUCCAUGUUUCAGUGAUGGAAAUCUGGUAUUCUGUCAGAUGGUUGAUUUUAGCAUAAUAGUAUGUGCCAUUAUUUCAAGUGUUGUCUAGAGUAGAUGUUUAUUUAAAGCUACUAGUUAAUUUAACUUCAAUAUUUAUAUGAUAAAGUAACGUUGUGAGAAUUUUGAUAUAUUCCCGCAUAUUGUACAGACCACCGGCCUGAUAUAUCAAAAUUUUCUGUGCACCAAAAAAUCAAUUAAGUCAUUUCACGUGACGUAUAGAUUUAGGUAAGGACUAUGUGUGAUGUACAUGUUAACAGUUCAAAAUUGAAAA